UUACUUUCAAUAUUAACGAAUAAAUAUAAUUAAUCAUUUGAAUCGCAGAAAUUUCUCAAAGAAGAUGUGUCUUGCCUCAUGGAUUCAAACUUUACUAAUGUCCUCUUUAAAAUACUCGUUGGAGAAAACCUGAGACAAUACUGCAUAUCCGGCAUUUUAUUUUCAAAAAUUGUCUCAAUUACAAAAAAAUGGAAAUUACGAAAUAUUGAUGAAAAAAAAUAUAUGUUUCAACUUAGGAUGAUAGUAGUGAUGUGCACUAGUUGGUUUGUAAAAAUGAGGUCAAACUUUCCCGUUCAGUCCGAGAACAUUAAUAUGAAAUUUGAGUAUAUUAUUCGGAACGCUUCAUAUAAUCAAGUAAAGAAUAUGUGAAUCAUUUUAAAACUGCACUCGAUACAAUAUUUGAUUGAUUGAUUACUUGUAAUAAUAGUGGAAAUAAUGGAACCGUCGACGGUUCCUACAAAAAAAUACAUGACCGACUCGGAGGAAUAUUUCAACAGGGGACAUAAUACUCUUCGCAGAUAUACAUUUAUUAAAUUUUGCCACUUGGACAUCACAAAUUUCAUUCCAAUGCUCUAAAUCACUGAAAAGAUGUCGAGACACCCGUUUUCUUCGUGUUUACUCACGUUAUGGAUCUUAUUCAGUGCGUUGAUAUGUACUGUAAAAAGCGGUGAAAUAAAAAAUGGGGAACUCCCGGCAAAAAAUGGUUGGCAGCCGUUAGUGAGCAGUGAUAAUGUAGGAAAUGUCUCACCACCAAGUAAUUACGCCGCCUAUACAAUUUCUCAGUUUGAUUCUGAGCGAGUGCCAAGCUACAAAAUCUCGAAACAGUAUCGGAAAUCUGUAGAUACAAUCCAUCAAUAUGACUACACCCCACCAAGUAUCUUGGGCAGCUUUAGUAUAUUCGGGCAUUCAAUACCAAAAAACCGAAAAGGAGACGACAACAAAGGCUAUCGUGAAUCUACAAACACAAACGAAUAUGAUUUCCUGGUUCCUCCCCCUCGACAAAGAAUAGAAUCCUACCAGAAGAUGAAAAUAAGCGGCGAUGCGUACGGCGGACCAUCACACUAUCGAGACACUAUUUAUACACCUGUAAAUACUCAGUUUACGUUUAUAUCGACGGGGGCGGCAUCAUCAUCAUCAGCAGCAGCUGUUAAAAAGCUGCCCGGUAUUAUUUCAUCCAGGGAUCAAUUAAGUCAUAACCCAUUGCGUCAGUAUCCGACCGCUGGUGAAUCUUACAAAUCCCACUCCCAUCCAACGCAAUCUUCUUGGAUGCAGAACCUACGUGACAAUAUCGACACACAUCACCUGAACAUAUUCAGACAAUAUCCAGUACACAUUGAGGGUGGAAAUAAUUUUUACACACAAAUUGGCCAUCCCCCAGAAUUUAAAUCUCCUUAUGAAGUCAAUAAUCCAUCGAAAACUGUGGUUGAACAACCCACCGACUAUGUAACACAUCAUCCGGGAAAUCUCUAUGCAGUUCAACCGUCCUCAUCACAGCGUAAUGAAUUUUCGUCUUUCAUUACUCCAAAUACCCGUUAUGUCGAGCCCCCCUACAGUUUCGAUGAAAAUUCAGCGGGAAAGCAACACUGGGAGGAGUCCGAAGAUUCAGCACUUGAUAAUUAUUACAAUGUUCGUAAAAAAAAUACAACACCGAGCUGGUUGAUUUCAACAUCAAAAAAUCAAUUGUUGGAUUUACUACCCAAAUUAAAUAAACCAGUGCAAUUUAAUAGGCCAAACAAUGCUACUCCACAUAAAGCAGUAGUGUUCGUCGCCGAUAAUAAAUUAAAGGCUCAAAUUGUACGUGAGAAAAUUGCUCCGAACAUUCCCAAAUUACGUCAGGAAACACCGGAGAGUAUUUCAUUGAAGCAUUUCAAUGAACAACAAUUUCUUUUACAACAACAAUUACUAGAGCGCGAUAGACAAAAGUUGGAAAAGUUUCAAACUCAUCAGAACCCAGUCAGCGGCAAACCAAUAGAGAGGCAUAAAGAGAGACAAUCAACUCCUGUAGAAUCCAACUUUGCUAAAGAAUUUCAAGUUUAUGAAGCUGUAAAAUUAACAAAUGCAGAAAGGGUUUCACCAAGCGGACAACUAUCCGCUAAGCGCAAUAAUGUUAAUUAUAGUAUGAAACAAGUAGAUGAAUCACUUAUCGGGCAAAGUUUGAUUUUUGAUUAUUCCCCAAAGCAAGUUAUUAAUAAUUCGACUGAAACUGAUAUUUCGACAGGGAAAAAGAAGAAAGGUCAUCAUCAUAGGAUUAUAGUUAAUAGUGAAAUGAACAAUUAUGAUCGCGGCACGAUUUACAAUGAUAAAAAUUAUACGGACGUCCAACCUGAAAAAAUCAUGAAUACUUCCAUCGAAUUAGAAAAUACAACGUCGCCAGAAUUGUUUCUUGAAAUGCAACCUACCUUUACAACAAUGUCCGGGAUAAUAACAAGAACUCCCCAAACAUCAAAAACUCAUUCCCAAGGAUCAAUUAUUUCUCCCGCUAACAUUAGUAGCAUUGUGCCACUCGUUACAGAUAUGACGACAAGAAAAUCUACAAUCAUAAAAACAAGGUCACAAAAUAGAGGACCAACACGUCGUAGAAGACCACUACUAGAGCCCGAGCCCACAUCAUUGUCAACAUCAAUUCAACCUACUUUGAUCAGUACAGAGGAUACUUCUGAGGAUUACAAUUAUAAUGGUUUUAUUGCUACCCCAUCUUAUCAUUCGACAGAGAAAUCAAUAAUAGGUAUUAAUAAUGGCCAUAAGAAUGAGAGUGAGCAUUUCAUUAUCCAGCAAGAAGAAACAGCGAAUACAGUGAUUUCUGAAGAAUUGACAACUCAUGUUACACCUAAGAUGAACGAAGCAAGUGAGGAAGGCACAUCUAGUUCUAAAUCACCGAUUAAUGAGGAUAAUUAUAAAGAAUCAGGUUCAUCGUUAACUCAUAUCAAUUCCCCUGAAGAAAUGACAACGAAAAUGAUGAUGGAAAGGAUUCGCAGCACAACGCGUGACGAUAUUUCCUCAAUUGCUCCCUUGGAAUAUUUAUUCAACUUGACAGAAACAAAUAGAGGUGAUGAAACAAGCACACAAUUGUCCGAAUGGGUUCCAUCUGUUGUAGAGCAAAACAAUAACAGUAACAUUUCAAAUUCUUCGAAAUUCGUGGAGAUAACUACAAGGCCAAUCUACAGACUUAGGCCGAUGAAAAUAACAAAUAAUACUCGUCCAAGAUUCAGUGUGAAGGACUACAAGACUAGGUUGGAUUACAGGAAUCGAUUGAGUCAGACUUCAACAACGCAAAAUAGUCUUAUAACGACUCAUUCUAUGCAAUUAAAAAGCGUUGGGAGGUACAAAUAUACGCCGAGGUAUUCUAAUACAAAAACAAAAUCUUCCACUCAGAGUUAUUUGCCCAAAAGUACCAACGUAACUGACUUAAUUGAAGGAAAACGCAAUAAAAUUUCUGGAUAUCGACCAUAUACCACGGCCAUCCAACGAAAAAAUAAUAAUAAUACAACCGAAAUGAGUAAUGUCCAGGAGAAUAAAGUACAGGUGAAUGCUCUUGAAAGUGAAAACAGGUUUGUUCAGCCAAUACGUCGUAGACCCCAAAUUAAGUCAUCAGCACAAUUUGCUCAGAUGAUUAAGAAAAACAAAAACAAUGUUGAAAACACUGAGAAUACGUUCAAUGAUUCACUGACAUUAAUAACAGAGCCGAUUCCAAAAAAGUCGGAAUUAUUCACUGAGAAACCUGUUGCAAUGAGUACAAGUACAAAAAGUGAUAAAGAAAGAAGAAAAUUUAAUGAUUCAAUGAAGGACAUGAACGUGAAUCCACCAGAUCCAGAAAAAGAACAACCAAUCACCGAAAUUAUGGAAAAUUUCUCUCAACACCCAAGCAUUCAGAGUGAUGAGGAGGCUUUUGCGAGAGCAUCUUUGAGUGUUGCAGAUUUGACAAGUUCAGCUUCUGCUCUUUAUAAUAAACCAGGAAUGUUCAAAGCCUUAUCAGUGAUACCGGCAUUCGAGAGUGAUGUCCAUAAAAAAACACUAACCCCCACAAUAGAUGAACCUUCACUCCCUAUUGAGGCAUUCUUCCGAGAAUUAUCCAAUAAAGAGAAAUAGGAUAAAAUAUGACAUUCAUGUAUAUUAUCACGA